AUGGGCCAGGAUUAUUAUUCUGUGCUCCAGAUCACUCGCAAUGCAGAGGAUGCCCAGAUCAAGAAGGCGUAUCGGAAACUGGCCCUUAAGAACCACCCGCUGAAGUCCAUUGAGCCAUCCUCAGCAGAGACAUUCAGGCAGAUAGCAGAGGCCUACGAUGUGCUGAGCGACCCUGUGAAGAGAAGCAUCUAUGACAAGUUCGGCGAGGAGGGCCUGAAGGGCGGAAUUCCUCUGGAGUUUGGAUCCCAGACCCCAUGGACUACUGGAUAUGUCUUCCAUGGCAACCCUGACAAGGUUUUCCAUGAGUUCUUUGGAGGCGACAACCCUUUCAGUGAGUUUUAUGAUGCAGAAGGACAUGAGGUAGAUUUGAACUUUGGGGGGCUCCGGGGCCGAGGGGUCAGGAAACAGGACCCCUCCAUCGAGCGAGACCUCUACCUAUCCUUGGAAGACUUAUUCUUUGGAUGUACCAAGAAAAUUAAGAUCUCCCGAAGGGUGCUGAAUGAGGACGGGUACUCCUCAACCAUCAAGGACAAGAUCCUCACAAUUGACGUGAAGCCUGGUUGGAGGCAGGGUACACGUAUCACCUUUGAGAAGGAAGGGGACCAGGGCCCUAACAUCAUCCCAGCUGACAUCAUCUUCAUUGUAAAGGAGAAGCUACACCUUCGCUUCCGCAGGGAGAAUGACAACCUCUUUUUUGUGAACCCCAUCCCCUUGGGGAAGGCUCUGACUGGCUGCACUGUGGAGGUGAAGACCCUAGAUGACCGUCUGCUCAACAUUCCCAUCAAUGACAUUGUCCAUCCCAGGUACUUCAAGAAGGUGCCAGGUGAAGGGAUGCCACUGCCUGAGGACCCCACCAAGAAGGGGGACCUCUUCAUCUUCUUCGACAUCCAGUUCCCCACCCGCCUCACACCCCAGAAGAAGCAGAUGCUACGCCAGGCACUGCUGACGUAACAGGUGGGCUGGAGUAGGGGGUGGAGGAAGCCAGCUGGUCUUACCCAUUGCUACCACCCCCCCAGACCCCUGCAGUGUGUGCAGGGCAGACUGAAGAUGGGGUGGCAUGGGGUUUUUAAACUCUUACAAUAAAGAUUUAUUCCCUAUC